AUGAGGACCAUGCUGGAAUAUUAUAUCACUGGCAGUGAAGAGGAAUUCCGACGGCUCGAGGUCUAUCACUACUUCGGUACCUUCAGCCGCUCGAUGGUGUCCCUCUGCGAGAUGACCUUGGCCAAUUGGCCUACACCUUCACGCGUGCUCACCGAGAACGUGAGCGAAGUUUGGAUCUUCUUCGUUCUCAGCUUCCAGCUGUUGGUGGGCUUUUCUGUCAUGAAGGUGAUCAUGGGUGUUUUCCUGCAGAACACGUUCAACGUGGCCAGCAAUGACGACGUCAUCAUGAUGAGCCAGAAAGAGAGGGCAGUGAAGGUCCACACCAAGAAGAUGGAGGCGCUCUUCGACGCCGCGGACGAGAACGGCAACGGCCGGCUCGACGAGGAGGAGUUCGACAGCAUCAUCCAAGACCCGGCCUGUGUCGCCUGGUUGAGCGCACCUUGGACUCAAGGGAUGGAUUCUGCGCAUGAGCUCCAUGACCUCUACAAGCUCCUCUGUGCGGAAGGCACCUCGGACCUCUCAGCCGUGGAGCUUUGCAACGGCGUGGCGUCGCUGAAGGGCAACGCCACCAGCUUAAAUAUGGCCUUGUUGCAGAAGGAUCAACUGAAGAUCAAGGACGGGCGAACAUUUGGCCGUUUGUGGACUGAGCGUUUGGAGCUCAUGGAUGCGAUGUGUAUGUCCAUGGUGAAGCUACAAGGUCGCUUGCAGUACUCUCACAAGAAGGAUCAAGGAGGCGAUUCCUCGUCGAGCGGCAGCGACUCCGACGACAGCUCCGACAGCUUCGGCGAGGAGGACGCCGACGCCCCGAUCAGUACGACGCGCUCGGGGAAGCUGGUCACGCAAGCGUCCCAAGGCGCAGAACGUCGCGGAAGCCUGAAUGCCUGGAUGCGCCAACGGGCGGCACAUCGAGGUGUUGCCACAAAGAGAGCCACUGCAGUGGGUGCUGUGUCGCAAGCGCUCUUCAACAAGGAGAACGAGGAGCUCAUGCCAGAAGCGCGAUGGGUCUCGGGGAUGAGGCUGCGCGCGCGACUGGCCAAGUUGGUCUUGAGUUUUCCCUUCGAGGUGGCCUUUGGCGCGAUUUGUGCCAACACGUGCGUCAUGGCCUUUCAGUCGGAGUAUAGCAUUGACCGACCAGCAAAUGAGAUUUGGCCUGGUGCAGAGCUGGCCUUUGACAUUUUGGAACCUUGGGAAAUUGUCCUCAAGGUGGGCGUACUGUACCACCAUUUCUUCAAGGUCCGCCAACAAGCACCCCCCGCCCGCGAUUGCUUCCUCGAAUGGGAGGGUGUUGGAGGGCGCUUUCAUGGCUUUCUGCGCUGCGAGGACCUUUGGAAUCUGAUGGACUUUGCAGUAGUGGCGGAGCUUCGGCCGCAGAAUGUGAUCCUGAAUUUCUUUCCUGUCUGGUACCUGGAGACCUUGACGGGCUCGGACAACCUCCCCAUCCAUCCGAUGAUGCUUCGCCUGUUCCGGCUCGUGAAGCUCUCGCGUGUGGUUCGUUUGGUGCGUAUCUUGGAAAAGUACGACGCCUUGUAUUUGUGCCUCGGGAUGAUCGCGUCGAUCCGGGGCUCCGUGGCGGCCCUGGCGUGGUCCACGAUUUUGCUCGUCGUGGUGCAGAUGAUGCUUGCGCUCUUUAUGACCACCAUCCUGGAGGUGAUCAAUGAUCUGGAGGUUGCCAUCGAAGUUGCCGAUCCGUGGCGGGUGUUAUAUCCGGAAGCCAGAACUCUGGUGGCAGCAGAGUCCUUCCAGCUGCGCCUAAGGGAAGAUAACACCAUCACGGUGACCGCACGGGACUGUGAGUUCGAUCAGACUGAACUGAAGGUGAUGGUCUCUGAAGUGAAUGUGGACUUCUGCCGAAAGGUGGGAGACUGGCUGAAGCAGGAGCAACAAGCCAUUCGAGAGGAGGAGAAGCAAGUGAAGCGCAGAGAAAGAGAACUUGAGGAGAGGACCAGAUCCGAGGAAUGUCGAAUACGGAUACAUUCCAAGUUGAGUUUUUCGUUUAUGCUGCUGGGUUGGUUGGUGUGGGAACUACAUGCGUUGAGCUUUUCUGAUGCACUCAGCCUCAUGGCCCGGAUUCUUUGCCCAGCAUUGCUUUUUUUCUGCUUGGCAUGGGCAUUGCCCAACACUAAGAGAUGCCAACUGCUUUUGCUUUUGCUGGCCUGCGCCUGGGCAUUGGGAUGCUUCAUCGUGGUUAGAGGACUCGGCCCUUUCAUGGGGAUUUGGGCACGCCACCUGUACCUGGCCGAUGGCUAUGAUCGUCGCGAAGAUCACGAGAAGGCCAAAUUCCAUGCGCGGGAGGCGACCAUCCUGUUUGAAGGAAAGGUCAUCGAGAAGCCUGGCACAGCCUGUAUUGCCUCCUGGCCUGGUCUCUACGCAACUGCCUGGCAUUACUUGGCAAGACGUGCUCAAGGUGCCCAAACAAGUGCAGCCGUGGUCUUUAUGGCUGAGGGUACCCAGCUCUAUGGGAAGCACUGCCCGAUACCUGAGGAGGAGGAGUUGCAUGGAGCCUGUUGGUGCUUUCCACUGUAUGGGGAGGAGAAGGAAUGGGGCUGCAAGUGGUGGGAAGUAUGGAUUCAGAAUGUCCACAUGGCCAUGGCAUGUGGCGCUGUCCUCCAUGUCUACUUCUGGGAGGGGCUUUGUGCGAAAGGAAAGGCUGCAAGUUUUGCCACUGUCGGACAAGAAAACUUUGCCGGAGAGAGUGUGAGAAACAAGAUCAAGGACUUUGAGAACAGCAAAGAGUUUGAGGAUGCGAGGCAAGCUGGUAUUUUGAGGCUUUCCGACAAGAAGAGGUAUGAUGGCUCAUCCCAACAGAGUCGUGAGAAACAGCGUUUAUUCCGGCAAUGGCUGCCACCGCAGGAGCGCAGGGUUUUGGAGAAGGCAGAAGGACUGGGAGAUUCCCAGAGAGCUGAGGUAGCCUGGCUUGACAGAAAGGGAUACCCGUACAUAGAGAUGGAUGUGUCCCCGUUUCUGAAGCCAGCUGAUUCUGAAGCGCGCGAGGUGCAAGCUUUGUUACGAACCUUUGGUCGGUCUACCUGA